AACAGGUGAAGAGAGAUUUGAAAAAAAAAAGCAUAGAGGCGCGGGCAUUUAUUUUUUUCUGCGCGCAUCAGACUAGUAUUUUCUUCAUUUGGUACCCUUGGAGACGUGUGCAGUGGAACUACUGCUACUCAUGCACAAAAAGGAAAUUAAAGCAGCUGUAUGCAUGGAUUGACGGAAGACUCUGCAGAGGGGGCAAGGGGAAGCAACCGCCACUUCCUACCCUUUUACCUCUCUGGACACACAGAAGCUAAAAGGGGGGAAUGAACAAAAUUUUGAAGAUAGAUAUUCAGAUAUCACAGUAGCACCCGGGGGGACGAAAAAAAAGGGAGAACUGGAGCAGGGGAGAGGCCAUUGAUCACACCCCUGUAACACAGAGAGACUACAAGAGGUCAGAGAUUUUAAGGUCGUGAUUAAAUUUGUGAGAAACAAGAGAAAUUAACAUGGAAUUUCGAGUCGGGGGAAAUUUAGGGUCAGAUGCCUUGAAGAAGAAGCUACCUAUCAGAGUUAUAGACAGUAAUUUGAGUGGUCUAAGGGAAAUAGUGCAACAAAUGAAGACUAUACAGAAGAAUGCUUUCAAGAAGCGGCAUGGGAACUUAUUGAGGUUGCUGAAUGUGGAAGUCCAAGCAUCGGCCGUCACUGCUCUGGCUCAGUAUUAUGAUCCGCCAUUCAGAUGUUUCACCUUCCAGGAUUUUCAAUUGGCACCAACAAUAGAAGAGUUUGAACAAAUUAUGGGCUUGUCAGUGGGAGAUAAAGUCCCUUACAGACAUUCUGAGCAACAUGCAUCUAUCUCUACAUUGGCUGGAAUCUUGAAGGUACACCCUGCCGAGCUGGAGGGUAAGAUGGCCUCCAAGGGCAACUCGAAGGGGAUCCCUCAAGGGUAUUUAGAAGGGCAUCUGUGUCGUUUGGCGGAAAAAGAAGUGGGGGAGACGUUCAUGGAUGUGUUGGCUCUCACACUUUAUGGAGUCAUACUCUUCCCUAACAUGGAAAAUUUUGUUGAUCAAACCGCCCUCGAUGUGUUUGUUGCCUACAAGAUUCAUUCAGAAAGUCCAGUCACUGCGAUUCUAGCUGAUGUGUAUGGGAGUUUGAACCUAUGCCACACACUUAAGAGGAAGAAGAUGUUAUGCUGUGUACCUAUGUUGUAUGUGUGGUUUAUAUCCCGAAUCCGUCUAGGUACAUUGAAUGCUGAAUGUCUUAUUGGAGAGUUGCCACCUAGCGGCAUCGAAAUUCGGGGGGCGAAGGAAUGGGCCCAGUUCUGUGCGAGUUUGAACGGGGGAAGAAUUAGAUGGUGUGUCCCGGGAUUGCCGAAGUCACGUGUCAUUUCUUGUGGGACUUUCCCUAACGUCCCCCUAAUAUGCACUAGAAGCUGCGUGAGUUAUAACCCUGUCUUGGCUCAGCGACAAUUUGGGUGUCCGAUCAAGAGCUCCCCAACUCCAGAAUCCUUGGUUGCCGUUUGGACUUAUUAUGAAGAAGGAAUUUCCCUUGAUCUAAUUCACCGAGUCAGGAGUGCUUGGGGUGAGGUCCUGCGUGUAGAAAAAGACCUAAGGCCAUGGGUGAUUGACGAGAAGAUAUCCUACCGACGAUGGAUUCUGGAAAGGGUUAACGCGAUCAAGUUACCUUUCAAAUCAGACUCUCCUGCUCCUGAGCGGUCAGAACCUGUAGAGUCCGACGAAAUGAGGGGGUUGAAAGAGGAGAUGGAGAAGAUGAAACUCAAAAAUGCCAAAUUAGUUACUGAGCUCCAAAGUCUCCGACACGAGUAUGUGGAUCUAAGGCGUGAUAAGGAGGAAGUGACAAAAGCGUAUGAAGGAAUUCUUAGAAAACAAAGAGAAGAACGAGAUCAUGCUUUCAGAGUUAAACAGGAUUUGGCUGCAGCCAACACCGCGUUAAAAUUAAGGGACCGAGAGAGAGAUGCAGCAGCAACAUCUAAGCGCCAAAGAGAUCAAGUGUGUGAAGAAUUUAAGAGAGAGAAGACUGAAGCACUAAAGCGGCUGCACAACGCUCAAGUUAGGAUCAGUGAGGUCGAACAACAGAUGAGGGAAAUGGUGUCGACCUAUGAGGUGAAGAUGGAUGAAGAACGUUGGCAUAGAGCUGAAUUGGAAAAGCAACAUGAAGAGGUGAUAAGUCGAAUGAAUGAAUACUCAGUCGAGCAGGAGAUGGCCGUGGAACAUUGGAGGAGAUGUUUCUCACAGCUGGCUUCCCUUGCAAAUGGAGCAAUCGAAGAUGUUCCGCGAUUAUUGGCUGAAGCAGAGGCUGCACUACCGAUAUUCAAUCCGCCUAGGGAAAUUGAGGCGUUCUUUAGUCAUUGUAAGGAAUUGAUAAGGGAGAUGAAGAACAUGAUAGCCAGGGCUAGAGAAUAGUU